UAAAGAAAGUUCAAUCAGAACGCAUGAGAAAUCUAACUACUUUGCUUCUAAAAUCGGCUGAGAUAUGAGAAAGAGAAAGGCCGGGAGGGGAGAUUCACUUUUUUGACAUUACACCAACCGCGCACAAGCGAGAGAUCCCAAAGGAUGCUUUCCUUCUUCUUGUUGGCUCUUAUAGCGCAAGCCACUCGCUUCGUCGCGUCUCAACAGCUACCCACAAACAUAUUUAUUCUCGCCGGACAAAGCAACAUGGCCGGCCGAGGAGGUGUGAUCAACGACACGAAAACAGGCAAGACCACCUGGGAUGGCAUUGUCCCUCCUCAGUGCCAGCCGAACCCAUCAAUUUUCCGGUUAAGUGCCGACCUCAUAUGGGUCCCAGCCCACGAACCACUUCACGCUGAUAUUGACUAUAACAAGACCAAUGGGGUUGGACCGGGGAUGGCAUUUGCUAAUGCAAUAUUGACCGAGGACCCAACCAUUGGAGUGUUGGGUCUGGUGCCAUGUGCGAUUGGAGGGACAAAUAUAAGUCAGUGGGCGAAGGGAGGUUUCCUUUAUGAGCAGUUGGUGCGGCGAACUCAGGUGGCCUUGAGGAGCGGUGGAGCUCUUAGAGCGAUGUUAUGGUAUCAAGGAGAGAGUGAUACAAUAAAUAGAGAGGAUGCUGAUUCUUACAAAUCCAGAUUAGAGAAGUUUUUCUUGGAACUCCGAUCCGAUCUGCAAUAUCCGUUGCUACCAAUAAUCCAGGUGGCUCUGGCAUCGGCAGAGGGGCCGUUUACCGAGACAAUAAGAGAAACUCAAUUGGGAAUUAAACUUGCCAAUGUGAAAUGCGUUGAUGCGAAGGGACUGCCGCUGGAGCCAGAUAGGUUGCACCUAACCACACCGGCCCAGGUUCAGCUUGGACAGACGCUGGCUAAUGCAUUUCUUCACUCCCCUCCUAACGCAAUCCGCACCAGCAGUGACAGUAAUUUUUCUACAAGACUUUCUUGUUCGUUAUCCUACCAUUUGGUAGGCCUUAUAUUAAUAUCUAUUCUCAUUUUUACCUUAGAACUCCUGUAACAAAUACAGUGUUUUACUUUUUUAUCCGGUAAAAAAUGUUGUAAUCUCGAGUUCUAGCUAAACAAUGAUGAGUUGCUACAUUGGGCCAAUGGCUGAAAAGAAAGUGGAUUUGGGGGAAUAAGGUGAGGUUGGGCCAUGGUUGUAUUCAUAGAAAUGUUCGGACUCAGAAAGCCCUUUACAUAACCAGCCCGUAGCAGUUUCGCACUUUUAGUGAAACAUAACAAGUUUUGUAUUUUCUGUUUUUUAUUUUUCUUUUUUCACGUAAAUAAAAUUCUAAAGGAAUUAAUAUUUU